UAAAUAUGGCACAUUUGGCUGUUUUGUUUUUGGUGACAAUUGUUUACUCAACAGUCCAUUGUCAAACUGAUUAUUGUAAAUUACCUUGCGAUACCGUAGUGCAUACUAUUUGUCAAAGAAAAGACUUUAAUUGCGGUGGAGCUCCAGCUUGUGGUGCAAAUUUCAAAGCAAUUUCGUUAACAAAUGAAGAUAAACAAUUUAUUUUGAAUGUACACAACGAAUUACGUAAAAGAGUUGCAACGGGCAAAGAAACUAUUCGUAACCAGCCAUCAUCUUCAAAUAUGAAAGCAUUGAAUUACAAUAGCGAACUUGGUUCCAUAGCACAAUGUUGCACUAAUACUUGCACUUUCAAUCACGACAAAUGUAGACGAACAGCAAGUUACUCAUGGGUGGGACAAAAUCUUGGAUUAAAAUCCUACUCGGGUACAUCUGGUGACUAUAAAAUCGUCAUGAAUUCAACAAUCAGAGCUUGGUAUGCAGAAGUAAAAGAUUUUGACCCUUCAUGGGUAUCCAGCUUUAGAAGCUAUGACAAAACUGUAGGACAUUACACCCAAGUAGUAUGGGCUGAAACCAAAGAAGUUGGAUGUGGAAUGACAACUUAUGUGGAAAAUGGUUGGUACAAUUUUUUAUUCGCCUGCAAUUAUGGACCCGGAGGAAAUAUGGCAGGUUCGCCAGUAUAUAAAACUGGCAGUCCAGCUUCGGACUGUUCAUCAGGAUUAUCAGUAAAUUCGAAAUAUCCAGGAUUGUGUGGACUAGAUAAUAUUAACUGAAAAUAUCCGAAGCUAAAUUAAUGGAAACAAAAUUAUUUUCGCAUAUAAAUAAAGUACUAGUUUUGGAUUUAUAGCUCUCUAUUUAGAAAACACUGGUAAAAAAAUUAUAAUAAUUGGUAUAUAUUUUAAUAAAACUUUUGACGC